UUGGCUCUUUUAAAUACCCGGAAGUAACAGUAGCGAAUUUGCUCAAAGAAAAUAUUUCCGCCUUAAUUAAGAUUUGAAAAACCCAGGUGCAGUGUUUGUUGUUUCCUCGUAUAACCAACAUACGAGGGUUAUAUAGUUGAUGAUGUAGAAAGAUUUACAUUAACGCAAGCUAAAAAAGUAAUCAUGAGCGACAGUGACGAGUUAGACGGUUUUGGUGAACAGAAUCCAAAUGGUGAUCCGAAUCCAUCCGCGGAGGAACAUUGUUUACAAAAUCUGGACAUUAAAGAGGACAUUAAAUCACAAUUUUUGAUUGAACCAUCAAAUACAGUCGAAGAUCCACUGGACAUUUGUCUCCAUACAACUGCAAAAGGUCACUUUAUUGAAAAAUCGGACAGUGAAAGAAGUCCUCUUGACAUCAAACUAAGAAAUAUGGAUCGACUACUGGCAAUCAACAGACAGUUAGUUAUAUACUGGAACCAUUGGCUAGUGUUAGAAACUUUAAAAUACCUACUGCGUACGUCAAAUACUGAAGAUGAUCUUUCUCUUAUCGUAGACCGACAAGAUAGUGAUGGUAACAAUGCUAUAUAUGAAAUCUGCAUAACAGUCUUGAAAACUAGAGAUGAAAAAUACAAUGAUUCUGAUAUCGAAAUCGAUCUUGGUGGUGCUUUCCUUGAAAUAAAAAGCUUUAUAAAAAGAAUAACCUACAUACCUCGGGUAAAAUGUGUGAAGUUCAAAAACCUGUAUCAGUGUAGAAUCAGACAUGGAUUUAGGACAAAUUAUUACCUUAAAGUUGACCCAGAACAACAUCUAUCUAUGGAACUGUUAACCAGUGAAAAACAAGAUUACUGGAGCUUCGACUGUUAUAUUUUCAAAUGUCUCAAAAUGUGUGCAUCACCUGAUGAAAUACCAACGACAAUGUUCAUUUGUGUGCUGCGAUCCUGUCAUCAAUUCGAUAAUCAAAAACCAUACAUUAUGGCAAAGAACUGUGCAAAUGUUGGAGUCAUGAUUUUCCCCACUUUAGAACUGGACGUUCAAAAGACUGCCAGAGCAGACCCCCGUUUUUUCAGAGUUACAAAAACUUCAAAUGGAAAACAUCUUUUUGAGUCUCUCAUUUAUAAAGACUAUUAUCUGAGUUGGCCUAGUCCUUUGAGCAAAAAGUUGAAAUUGAAAAAGCAUACAACAGUAGAGAUGUCAAUGGCUCCAGAUGAUUUCGGAGAAUGUCAUUUUGACAUUAUUAACUUUGAGAUGAUACGUUAAAGACAAACGAAUGUGUGCUCAUAGUGUUGAAGGUUGUAGAUUAUGCAGUUAAAUAUGUAUGUGUCAGAAUAAAGAUGUUUGUCA